CUUGACCUCCUCUUUUUUUGUCGAUAUCAUCGCUUCUUAAUCAUAUGCGGCCUCUCAAGAUGGCAUAAUGGCCUCGCUUCAUAUCUACAGAGGAUUUCCAGGUCGUAUGAUUCUGGUAAAAAUAGGUCUUCUUCCAUCUCUCCUCCUGACAGGCUGCUCUGCCAAGAAAUGCGACGAGUGAGCUAUCCGCCGCAAUCAUGGAGUCGGAUGAAAUGACCCCAAAGCCAGCAUCUCCCACAAACGAAGAUUAUCGUCCACCUCUACCGCCUCGGCCAUCAACGAGCGCUACCGACACGGCGUCUCUGCAAGCUCAUGCUACCACGGCAAUAACUCCUGUUGAAAUACAGACGCUCUCUUUUCCUGAUGGAUCUCGAGGGACAUUUUCCACUCCUGGACCCGACGCACUCCCAAGCCCCGCUGAGGGUGGUCAUGCUUCCCCAAAUCGACAGGAGAGUAGUGGCAGCGGUGAGGCAGACGAGACUGCUAGCAUCAUGAGUUUUGCACCGACAAUGCGACCUGCUGGCGAUAUCGCAAGUCUACUCGUCGGUGAACUACAUAAGAAGAGUCCAGCUUGGAAAAUGUUGCGAACUCAGUCGGCUACUGUUCUUCCUUUCGAGAAAGGCAGAAUAGGCGCAAACGACCGGUUCGCUGAGUUUCACCACGAGUUCAAUUCUCUACCGGAGGAUUAUGAUGAAGAUGUUGAGUCUGACAUUUUGCAUCUCUGGAAGUCGAAGCUGAAGCAUUAUCUGAUUCUGUCAUCAGCCGGAAAGCCCAUUUGGAGCCGCUAUGGAGAUCUGAGUCUGAUAAACUCAUCCAUGGGCGUUGUUCAAACCAUCAUUUCAUUCUAUGAAGGUGCCAAGAAUCCCCUUCAGGCCUUUUCUGCCGGGGAUACUCGUUUUGUUAUCUUGACCAAAGGCCCGCUCUACUUUGUCGCUAUCAGCAAGCUGGGUGAAAGCGACUCGCAGAUACAGGCACAAUUGGAUGCGCUAUAUAUGCAAAUCUUGUCAACACUAACCUUGCCCAGACUAACUCAUAUUUUUGCGAACCGACCGUCAACUGACUUGCGAAAGCCUCUUGAAGGGACCGAGGGUCUUCUGUCUUCUCUGGCUGAUACGUUCACAAAGGGAUCUGCUUCGGCUUUGCUUGGAUCUUUGGAAUGUCUCCGGCUUCGAAAGUCUCAACGGCAUGCAAUCAACAAUACUUUCCUCAAAUUGCGUACAGACAAGUUGCUGUAUGGUCUAAUUGUGGCUGGUGGGAAACUUGUCAGCGUCAUUCGGCCUCGUCGGCAUUCACUUCAUCCCAGCGACCUGCAACUUAUUUUCAAUAUGCUCUUCGAGAGCGACGGCAUCAAGGGUGGUGGUGGAGAGAACUGGAUCCCCAUUUGCCUUCCCGCUUUUAACAACAAAGGUUAUCUUUACAUGUACGUCAGUUUCUUUGACGGUACUUCUGGGGAUCAAGCUAGUUCUCCUGCCGCGGCACAAGGGCGCUCAUCAGAAGAAGAAAUCGCAAUGAUCCUCGUAAGCACCGAUCGUGAAAGCUUCUUCGAGCUGAAGCAGAUGCGGGACAAUGUCGCCCAGCAGCUUGCCAAAAAUGGGACACUGGCUAUUAUUCAGAACGCUACCCGCCUUGGUCGACCAAAAAUACACGAAAUUGCCCCCGGGAGCCAAGUCAGCCACUUCCUUUACAAGUCGCGGGCCAACGUACAAUUCUGCAUGGCGUCAUUGGAGCCGCACUUCACUGGUCUUGUUGAGCGCAGGAGAUUGAUGACGGUGUACCAUGAGCUCCAUGCAUCCAUUCACGCCAAACACUCGCAUCUCAAAGUUUUGCACGCUAUCGGAGAUGAUGCCACCUCAUUGGCAUGGACCACACCCGUGUUUGAGUUUUACUGUGUUGCUGGGCCUAAUGUGUCGAGAGCGACCAUUACACAAGGAGCGAACAAGAUUAUCCAAUGGGCCAAGAGGGAAGAAGAGCGCCUUUUCAUCAUUGGCGGUGGUGUAUUCUGAGGGCAUGCCUCCUAUCAAGGUCUGGUUCCUCGUUAAUCCUAAAAUUCAAGACCCAUGGUCUUGCAAUCGGUCAUCUCAUGGAGCCGAGCAGAAACAAAGUGCCUCCUAACGCCGACAUUAUUCGUUACUAGCCUUCCCACCUCAUUAAUAAUUAGGAUAAGGGUAUUUGAAGUCCAUCUCAACGCAUCACUUCGACCCUGCCUUCGAACUUGGCAACCUAGUGACAGCAAAAACUUGAUUGUCGUGGGCUGUUCGGCCGCCAUCGGGCUCCGAGGGUGUGAUGUUAUCUGAUGAAGGCGACGUCAUAUCGCUUGUUGGGCUCUGGGCUGAGUGACCCUCAAAAUAGUCGUCCUUGGGGUCAUCCUUGGAGUUGGACCGCGUGCGAACAGCUCCCCAUGAUCUCUUUGCCCACUCCAGGAUGCGAUCAUUGACCUUUGACCGACGCUUGGUCUCUGACUCCCAGGAAGCAUUGCGAUAUUGAAGGGGUGGCGGUCGGUCACCAUCACAGCCAAAACUGUUACGGCUAGUUGUGCCCGUUGAAGGAUAACUCAUGGUGUCGGUUGCAAGAGUUGUUCUCGAGGCGUUCAUGAUGUCCAACGAGAAAGGUGCAUCGAAGUCUUCAUGAAACCGAGGGCUGCGUAUUGAUGGGCUUUGAAGUGAUGAACCAGGUCGUUGAGAUUCAAAAGGAUCCCGAGCUGGGAGUGGGAGAGUGAGGAUGGGCCUUCGAUCCGUCAUUGUGGGCGAGACAAACUGAAUCCGGUACUGAAUGCUUGGUGUGGCAAGACUGGGUGUUGGAAGGUGUCGAUGUUGACACUGUUAUAAGAAAUGAUCCACGUCCGCUGAGAAUCGGGAAUAAGAAUCAAAGGCUUUGCUUAUCCUCCAAGCUCAGAGCUGAAAGACGGACGCUGUCUAUCGUUGAUGAUUUGUUGACUUUCUAGAGCCGGGCGAGAAGGCAAAGGGUUCCCUUUUGUUCAAAUUCAAAGGCCCGUUAAACAUGUGCAUCCGACAUUAGCUUGAGCUCAAACAAGUCCAAGUGUGCGAUAGACCCCUGACUAGGCUUGGACAAGCAAUGAUGGAGCCAACCAAGUGGGCUUCACAAACUGCGGGGAUGGUACGGUGACCAGUUGAAUGACAGAGAUUGCCAGGCUCUGCCAGCUAGAGUCGUCCACAAGGACGGAAAAUCUUGAAGGGUGGCCGAGGCAUUUGAGUUGUGAUAGAACCCACACCCCAAGAGUAACAAUAGAAACAUCAAACUUUCCACCAACAUUUUAGGCUUAAAUCUGAAGCAGCAGAUGAUCCUUUCUAUGACUGUACCUUGAUAAGCC